GGCGCUGUUGAGAAAGACGCGCUCCCACGUCCCACCUCCUGGAUGCAGAGUCAGUGGGGAAAGCGAGGCUUUCCUUCCAGAAACAAGGGAGAGAGCCGAGGGGACAGCUGUUGUGGAGGUUUCUAAGGAGACUCAGACUGGCUUCUUUCCCUGCUCCUGGGAGACGGCAGGAAACCUCAGAAGAGAGAACUGCUGCUCCCUAGCCAGCAAGCAGCCCCUAAUCUGGAUGGAGUGAAAGAUGCGGCCUGAUGACAUAAACCCGAGGACUGGGCUGGUGGUGGCCCUGGUCAGUGUCUUUCUGGUCUUUGGCUUCAUGUUCACCGUCUCUGGGAUGAAAGGAGAGACGCUGGGAAACAUCCCCCUCCUGGCCAUCGGGCCAGCCAUCUGCUUACCAGGCAUCGCAGCCAUUGCCCUGGCCAGGAAAACCGAGGGAUGCACCAAGUGGCCUGAAAAUGAGCUGCUGUGGGUCCGCAAGUUGCCCUGCUUCCGGAAACCCAAGGACAAGGAUGUGGUGGAACUGCUGAGGACCCCUUCAGAUCUGGAGUCAGGCAAGGGAAGCUCAGAUGAGCUGGCUAAGAAGGCAGGCCUCAGGGGGAAGCCCCCCUGCCAGGGGCAGACAGAGGUGCCUGUGGCCAGUUACAUCACCACCCCCACACCCACGGAAGGAGAACGCCAGAGCCUGGUCCAGAGCGGGCAUCAGGAGGAGACAUCCAGAUACCUGGAUGGUUACUGUCCCUCAGGCAGUUCCCUUGCCUACAGUGGCUUGGAUGCCAAGUGCUCAGCCUGGGACAGAUCUGAUUGCCCGGAGCCUGAGGACAGCAUCUUCUUUGUGCCCCAGGACAGUAUCAUCGUUUGCUCCUACAAGCAGAACAGUCCCUAUGACAGAUACUGUUGUUACAUCAAUCAGAGCCAAGGCAGGUGGGAUCACGAGACAAUAGUCUAAGCUUUGCAUACAAGAGUCGCUGUGUUGAUAGAAACGUGACUACAUUCAGCUUCUAGGGGAAGGAAACUGCCCUGCUCCAACAGCCUUCAAACUGUUAGAAAUUGACUUGGUAUGUGAUGGGUGUGCAAGCUUCGGGUGCCUGAAAGCCAUGUAAAUAGGCAUGUUGGGGACACAUUUUAGGGAAGGGUGAUGAGGGUUAAGGACACUGGAAGAGGCAGUGGGUAGGAGAAGAAGCAGUUCCAAUUUCUUUUUAAACCAUGUUGGAUGUUUUGUAAAAUAACCCAGAAAGUGCUACUCAGCAUCUGCUAAAAUCAAGAUAAACCUAGAGUGGGCUGCAGAUAUCAGGCAUGAAAUGAUACAUGGGCUUGCCAUAGGGAAACUGACCUGCUUUCAGUCUGAAUAAAUUGAAAGACAAAACAAUUUAGUGCUUCAUUGUAUGAAAUGAUUUUUAUCUGGUGAAAGCUUUUCACACUUAUUAUUUGCUGAAAGAAAAAAAAGUCAAGAUAGAAAAGCUACUCCCUCCAUAGGUAGGAUGGUUUUUGGAGAAAGGGGAGUUAAAGGCAGUUGAAUUAUGUAACUGAGUUUUAUAUUAUCCUCUGACAAGAUCAGAGAUUUCAAAUAAAGUAAAGUGUGACCAGCUAGGUAAAAAACUAACAUUUUUAGAUGGCUAUGUUCCUUCUUAAACUCUUCGUUUAAAUUGAUUUACUGGGUCUUUAUCUUAAGUGUUUUUUAAUAUUUACUAUCAUUCAUGUAUAAUUUCCUCAUCAGGUACAAAAUGACUUGAUGUAAUAUUUUCAUAGAUUAGAAUUUGUGUUCAUCAAGUCAAAAUUGGUUUUAUAUAUGUAUACAAGUAUCUUUAACAUUUCUGGGAGUUCUGGUAAUAACUAUUCCU